GAAAUAUAAAAGAGUCUACAUACUAUUUUCACUGUCAGGGUUGCGUGCAACUCGCCAAUUUUUUUUAAGAAUGAUUCAAACACUCUAGCCUUUUCGUUUAUUAUAGAAACAAAUGUUUUGGAUGCAGGAAGCAGGUUCUGAAUGGAGAUAUAUGAUAGAGGAGCGUUCUUUCAGCCUACAGUUACAAUGAAAUUUCUCUCUCUACAUUCCUCCACUAUUAUUUUUCCGAUCAAUUCAGAUACACGGGAGUAGAUUUAUCUCUUUACCAGAUAUCGUGUGCAAAAUGCUGUUUGGUAAAGGGAUAUCUUUAAUAAAUUAGAAAACGGUGGGAUCUCAUGAUUAAGACACUCUUAGGCAUGAUAGUGAGUUUUGGUGAUCAUAGCGUUGUAGCAGUGCUCAUAGCCUUUUGAGGAACCCCAUGCAAAUUAGGGCCGGGUGUAACCACUUAGUAAUAUAAUAUCUUUUAAACAUUGCAUACAAGGAGAAGGGAAUCUUCCGCAUAAGGCUUCCUCCUUAUGCUUUCUUUUGUUUAUCUGCUAUUUAUUCAGUAAGAAAUCCUUCUAAUAGUGCGAACCAAUAAUCAAAAAAAUCAAGGCUGGUUUUAAAACAGGAACCCAAAUUCCUUUAUAGAAGAUGGUUUCGGUUCUGGAAAUCUCGAUUGUUAUAUGGGCUUAACCCAUAGGGUCUAAUGACCUGAAAAGAGCUUGGCUUAUUAUCCUUUCUCUCUGUCUUUUUAUUUUCUAACGUCGGUCGCUUCCCUCUCUUCUCCCCUUUCUGUUACACUAGAACUCAAGCUUGCUUUAAGUGUAUAUUCAAUUUCCUUCCCAUUCCGUUAUUCAUCCCCCCCCCCCCACACACACAAAAAAAAAAGCUCCUCUGUUACAAUUCACUCCCACAAAAUGGCUCGCAACAUGCUUACUUACAACCUCUAUGAGGGCCACCUCGAAGCCAUGGUCCAGGGCUACCGUGACGGGCUCCUGCGCAGUGAGGAGUACAACAGCCUGUGCCAGUGUGACACUCUGCACGACCUCAAGAGCCAGCUCCAGGUCACCGACUAUGGGGACUUCCUUCAACAGGAGGGGGUGCUCACCGCCCGCGGGCUUGCGGACCGCGCGCAGGAGGUCUUGCUCCGACAGUUCCGCGAGCUUCAGGCCUGGUCCCAGCCCCCGCUCUCCGAGUUCCUUGAUUUCAUCACCUACGAGUACAAGAUUUUGAAUAUCCUGAAGCUGGUCACUGCGAAACGAAGCGGGCGGGCGAGUUUGGAGUUUCUGACGAAAUGUCAUCCUCUCGGGACGUUCCCGGAGAUGCCUACCCUCAUCGCGGCGACUGAUGUUCGGGAGAUGUUUGAGGCCGUGCUCGUGGAUAGCCCGGUAAGUCGUUUCUUUAGCUGCGAAGGGAGCUUUGAGCGUGAUUUGGAUGAACUCCCUGUGGAAUUUAUCCAGGGAACCUUGCUAAAAAGCUACUAUGAACAGUUUUACGACCUUUGUGAUCGUCUGGGAGGGACCACAAGGGAUGUAAUGUGCCCGUUGUUAGAUUUUGAGGCCGAUCGGUUGGUGUUAACAUUUAUUAUUAAUACCUUGGGGAUGCGAGAAAUCACGCCGUCGGAUCGGCGAAAAGUCUUUCCUAAUCUCGGUACGUUGGUGGAUAUUCAUGAUGAUCUCGCCGAAAGUGAGAGUGUGGAGCAGCUGCGAGAGCGUUUGCGGCGCUUUCCGAAUUAUUAUCAACUUCUAGACGACAAUCGAUCGAUCGAUUCGUCUAAUAAGAAGUCAUUGGAGCGUAGUUUUGUCGAGUAUUCAAUUGUUUUAUAUAACGAUGCGAUGACGAGACAAUUCCAGUACGGGAUUUUUUACGCUUAUGUCAAGCUAAAGGAAUUUGAGAUUAACAACCUGAGGUGGAUAUCAGAUUGUGUUGUGCAGCAAAUGCGAAGCCGCUUGCACGAGUACGUUGUUAUUACCACUCAAUAA